AUAUCUAUCAAAAUCUAAAUCCGAAUUCAGUUGAAGUUGAACAAAGAGGAUUGUCACGAUUAUCUUUUAUAUUUACAUUCGAUCCAAAACCUUUCAUCUCAUAUUCCCUCAUUCCCUUUCAUAUUGACAUUCGAUCAAAAACCUUUCAUCUCGUAAUCGCUCACUCUCACUUUGUUUAAACAUGGCCACCGCUUCAGUGGCAUUUAAGUCUAGGGAGGACCAUCGCAAGCAAAUUGAGUUGGAGGAAGCACGUAAAGCUGGGCUUGCACCUGCUGAAGUUGAUGAAGAUGGCAAAGAAAUCAACCCACACAUUCCCCAGUAUAUGUCGUCUGCACCUUGGUAUCUUAAUGCUGAGAGACCAAGUUUGAAACAUCAAAGGAAAUGGAAAUCAGACCCGAAUUACACAAAAUCAUGGUACGAUAGAGGUGCUAAGAUUUUCCAGGCAGACAAGUAUAGGAAAGGUGCAUGUGAAAACUGUGGAGCGAUGACACAUGAUACAAAGUCAUGCAUGGAAAGACCACGGAAGUUAGGAGCAAAGUGGACAAACAAGUAUAUUGCCCCUGAUGAAAAGGUAGAAACCUUUGAGCUUGACUAUGAUGGCAAACGGGACAGAUGGAAUGGGUAUGAUGCAUCAACUUAUGCACGAGUCAUUGAGAGGUAUGAAGCUAGAGAUGAAGCUCGAAAGAAAUACUUGAAGGAACAACAGCUGAAGAAAUUGGAGAGGAGCAAUCAAAAUGGUGAGGAUGCAGUAAGUGAUGAGGAUGUGGAUGAAGAUGAAGAUGAUCUAAGGGUUGAUGAGGCAAAGGUCGAUGAGAGCAAACAAAUGGACUUUGCAAAGGUUGAGAAGCGUGUGCGUACUACAGGUGGUGGGAGUACAGGAACUGUUAGGAAUCUACGUAUUCGAGAGGACACUGCAAAAUAUCUUCUUAAUCUUGAUGUCAAUUCUGCACAUUAUGAUCCCAAGACCAGGUCCAUGCGUGAAGAUCCUAUUCCAGAUGCAGAUCCAAAUGAGAAGUUUUAUUUGGGUGAUAACCAAUAUAGGAAUAGUGGUCAAGCUUUGGAAUUCAAGGAAUUAAACAUACAUGCUUGGGAAGCAUUUGACAAGGGGCAAGAUGUUCACAUGCAAGCAGCUCCAUCCCAAGCGGAAUUGCUCUAUAAGAAUUUUAAGGUAAUGAAAGAGAAACUGAAGUCUCAAACAAAGGAAACUAUUGUGGAGAAGUAUGGCAAUGCAGCUGAAGAGGACAAACUUCCAAGAGAACUUCUGCUGGGUCAGAGUGAGAGGCAAGUUGAGUAUGAUCGUGCUGGUAGAAUUAUUAAGGGACAGGAGGCAGCACUUCCAAGGAGCAAGUAUGAAGAAGAUAUUUUCAUAAACAACCACACAACUGUUUGGGGGUCAUGGUGGAAAGAUCACCAAUGGGGCUAUAAGUGCUGCAAGCAGACAAUACGUAAUAGCUAUUGCACAGGUGCUGCUGGUAUUGAGGCUGCUGAGGCUGCAAGUGAUUUGAUGAAAGCUAAUAUUGCUCGUAAGGAAGCCGUUGAAGAGGAUCGUACACCAGUGGAGGAGAAAAGGCUUGCUACAUGGGGAACUGAUGUCCCAGAUGAUCUGGUCCUGGAUGAAAAAUUGCUUUCUGAUGCACUUAAAAAGGAGGAUCAAAGAAAGAGAGAAGAGAAAGAUGAGAGAAAGCGCAAAUAUAAUGUUAGGUGGAAUGAUGAGGUUACUGCUGAGGAUAUGGAGGCAUACAGAAUGAAGAAGGAACGCCAUGAUGAUCCAAUGAAGAACUUCCUGCACUAAACUUGGAGAGGGCAUAAAAAUCUACAUCUCUGUCGUUAAAAGCCCACUGUGCUCAGUGUUCUUGCUUCUAGCUGGAUUGGGAAGAAUGGAUCAUCAGUUGACUAUGACAUCAUCCUUUGGGUUGGAGGGAGCAAGUUACUACUUGUAUUGUGUAGCUUUUGGUUAUCUUUGUGCACGAUCCUAUCGGAGUGAUAUGGAUAUUGUUAGACCUGUGAUUUGCCUUCUGCAGUCAAGAAAGUUGUUUGACUUCAAACUACUCUCAUCUAAUAGUUUAGUUGGGAUAUUUUUUUUUUUUUAUUCUAGUUUUGUCUGUAAACUAAUGGUGAUCCAUAUUUUGUGCAAGUAAUGUAUUGCUGACAGAAAAUUAAAUAAUUUGUAUAUUGUAUAAAAUUAGCAAAUACAAACGUGUGAA